AAAUAAGUCAGAUAUGAAUAGAGCCGAUUUUUUUCCAUCACACUCUUAUUUUUUACAAGAUGUAGAGAAUAUCCAAGGAUUAUUAUCUGAUUUUAUGUUGGCUUCAGAAGUAUAUAAUACGUCUUUACAGUAUAAUGAUGAUUGUUUGGAAAAUUACAUUAAUUUGGACAAGCUUUAUAAUGAUGUUGAUGAUUUACUAGAUUGUAAUAACCUAGAAUACUACGAGAAAGACAAUAUUCAACUACCAGCUUUAUUAGAGAUAGAAAUGACAUUUGACAGCUUUGAUCAUACAGAGCGGUUUCUUAACCAGUAUACAAAAGACAAUGGGUUUGUUGUUAUAAAGGAGCGAUGUGAAAAGAAUAAGAAUAACAAAUCAAUUAUUGUAAGAAGAAUAUUUGAAUGUCACUAUAGUAGAAGUAGAAAAUUAAAAAAAGUUGUUGAUAUUGUGCAACAAAGAGAUCAUAUAUCAGAAAAAAUAAAUUGUAUGUGGAUGUGUAAUAUUAACAAAAUAAAAGACAGUGAAUCUGUAAAAGUUACUACUACUUCAGCUCAUCAGCAACAAGGAGAUAGACAAUCAAUUCUUAAUAAGCUGUUGGAAUUACAGUGUGAAGAACUGGGAUGGAUUAUUAAAACAUGUCUUGAAGGGCCAGAUAAUCGAUUAAUUAA